AUGCCUCAAUACACUUCCCGGGACGUUGGCGAUCCGUCGCAGGUGCGGAGGACGAAGCAGAGCAUGGCCGACCUCAAGCUGCGGCGGUUAACAGAGCUCAAUAGCCGUCUGCGGGAAGACCUGGACCGUGAGCGGAUUCCCGUCAGCCAGGCGUCGAAGAGCAUUAUCGCCUACUGCAACAGCACACGCGACUACAUGGUGCCGUCCGUGUGGGGUGUUGUUCCCAAGAGUGAAGACCCGUAUGCGCCGCAGCAGAGCGGCGGUUGCUGUGUUGUCAUGUAA